AUGAAGCGUGGUUUCCUGCUUACUGCGAAAGCAAAGCGCGAGCUGGCAAGCCCGGCCAAUGCCUCCAAAACGGUGACAAAGCAAAUGACGCGCGCCAGUCCACUCGCCGAUACAAGUUGUUCACAGUAUGUCGUACCUGCGUUUGCUCGUUUCAUCGAAUUUACUGACUACUAUUAUGUAGUUUCUGCAGAUGAAAUGCCUGACGACAUCUUUUCUAUGGGGAUGUCAGAUGGUAAUGAGCUGAUGAAGAAGACCAAUGAGAUGAUGAGUGCGUGGGGAUUAACUGCCGACGAUUUGAAAGGCAUGUCCUUGGCCUCGGUUCCCGAUGAGAAUGAUCCUGUCCCAUUCGCUGGCGGGUGGUCCCAGUGCCUGCUGUCUGGCUAUCUCAAGCGACGACUUGGGUCUAUUUCCGGGUUCCCCCGACCUCUGAAAGAGACGGAGGAUAAAGCCUACAACAUCUCUUCUGCACCGGGCAAAGGGUUGGGCAUGUUCGCAUCGCGCAAGAUCAAAAUGGGCGACCUCACUGCUGACGAGAGGCCUUUGAUGGUUGUACCUCUUGUCCCCGUGGGUCUAUCGGUGGCUCCUGUACGAGAAGGCAUGACGAAGGAGGAGAAGAACCAAGCUAUUCAGGAUCACAGCGAAGGGAUUACGCGUCGCGUUUUUGAGUUUAUGCAUGAGGAGAGUCGGAAGAAAUUUAUGGAGCUUCACAAUAGCCACACGGAUGAUGGGAGCGGUCCAACCAUGGGCGUGAUUCGGACGAACGGCUAUGGCCUUGGCGAUGAACUGAAAGACGAAACUGGAACUGUGGAAUUGCUAUCCAAGUCUAGCCCGGAUGAAAAAUUGAAGAAAAUGAUUGGCAAGUAUACUAGCGUCUACAACAUGCUCUCUAGGGUAAAUCAUAGUUGUUCUCCGAACACACAUCGGAAGUUCUACAUGUCUUCCUUCUCUAUGCAGCUUCGCGCAGCUCGGGAUAUCGAAGAAGGGGAAGAAAUUCUUACCACUUACACGGAAGUCCUCCUGCCAGCUGCCGAGCGUGCGAAGGAGCUUGCAUCCUAUGGCAUCCAAUGCACCUGUCGGGCCUGUCUUGACUGCACUAAAAGCGACCCCAUACGCGCCGCCGUGAGCAACCGUCCAGCCGUGAUCGUCCCCAUGAUACAACAGCGGGGCAUGCGACCCGAUGCUUGGAUAGAUCCUGCGGUCGAGAUUCUGGCGAAGAUAGAGGAGGAAGAACUCCGGGGAUCGUCUGCGUACCACAAGACGUUGCAUCAGCUAUUCAAUGCGUAUGUGCACCAGAACGACGAGAAGAAAGCGCUGAUGUACGGCGAGAAGUUGUGGUUUGCUGCUUUGGCGGCUGGGGAAAAGCAGCUCGAAACGUUUAGGAAUGCAGAGUUGAUGAAGAAGUCGCCGCAGUGGCUCGUGGCGGGGAUGACAAGGGGGAUACGCUUUGUGCAGUCGUUUAUCUGA